CAAUGUUUUGUUUUGAAGCGAGUGAGUGUGUCUUGUGUCUGUGUUUGUGUUUGUGUGUGAUGCAGAGAGAGAGAGAGAGAAGAGGACCCCAUAUCUGAAUUCUCUCUGUAAUCUUUGAGCGGAGAUUUCUGAGUUCACUUCAGCUCAGCUCAGCUGCUUCCGUUUCUCUUCACUCUGCUUUUUCCUUUCCUUGUUUUUUUUUUCCUCGGUUUUAUUUCGGAAUUUGUCAUCUGGGGUUGUGGUUUCAUGGUUGUGGUAGUGGGAGGGUAAGGCAUUGAAGGGUGGUUUUGAUGAUAUUUGGGUUUGGUUCUCUAGGUCUUGCUAGAGAUGGGGUUGGGUGCUGAGAAUGGUGCUAAGGUGGUGGUGGAGUCUUGGGAUGUGAGUAAAUCAAAAGGGAGGAAGAAAAAGAAGAAGGAGGUUGAGGGGGUGGUGGAAGAGGAAGAAACUGGGUGUUGGGUUGGGUUUAGGUUCAUUGGGAGCUGCAUUUCUUCAAGAUCCAAGGUUGAUAGCUCGGUCAGUGGCCCCAGCUCUCAUUAUGCUGAAAGUAAAUCAACUAAUUAUACAAGUAGGGACCAACAAACAGCUCCAGUAGUCCCUUCUACAACCACUAGUAAUGCAGAAAGCAAUUCAUCCACUUCCAGACUUGAAGAGGAGCUUAAAAUUGCUUCCAGGCUGCGAAAAUUUUGUUUCAAUGAUCUUAAGUUGGCAACAAGAAAUUUUCGGCCUGAGAGUUUUCUUGGUGAAGGCGGGUUUGGCUGUGUUUUCAAGGGGUGGAUCGAAGAAAAUGGAACUGCUCCAGUGAAACCUGGGACAGGGCUUACUGUUGCGGUAAAAACCCUGAACCAUGAUGGGCUUCAGGGUCAUAAAGAAUGGCUGGCUGAAGUAAAUUUUCUUGGUGAUCUAGUUCACCCAAACCUUGUUAAACUUGUAGGUUACUGCAUUGAAGAGGAUCAAAGGCUGCUAGUUUAUGAGUUCAUGUCUCGGGGAAGCCUCGAAAACCACUUAUUUAGGAGAGCCCUGCCUCUUCCUUGGUCCAUUAGAAUGAAAAUUGCACUAGGAGCUGCAAAGGGUCUUGCUUUUCUUCAUGAAGAAGCUGAGAGACCUGUAAUAUACAGGGAUUUUAAAACCUCUAACAUACUACUUGAUGCAGACUACAAUGCCAAGCUCUCGGACUUUGGUCUUGCCAAAGAUGGUCCUGAAGGUGAUAAAACCCACGUGUCUACUCGAGUGAUGGGUACCUAUGGUUAUGCAGCGCCAGAAUAUGUCAUGACAGGUCAUCUCACAUCAAAAAGUGACGUGUACAGUUUUGGAGUGGUGCUCCUUGAGAUGUUGACUGGGAGAAGAUCUAUGGACAAACACCGGCCCAACGGUGAGCACAACCUUGUGGAAUGGGCUCGACCACAUCUUGGAGAGAGGAGAAGGUUCUAUCGGUUGAUAGACCCUCGUCUGGAAGGUCACUUUUCAAUAAAAGGAGCUCAGAAAGCUGCCCAACUAGCUGCUCACUGCCUUAGUAGAGAUCCAAAAGCCAGACCCCUAAUGAGUGAAGUUGUGGAAGCCUUAAAGCCUCUGCCAAGCCUUAAGGACAUGGCUAGCUCUUCAUAUUAUUUCCAGACAAUGCAAGCUGAGCGCUUCAGAGCGAGUCCAAAUACUAGAAGCACGCCAACACAAGGAUCAUUGCUCACACGGAACGGACAGCAGCGAAGGAGCCUUUCAAUGGCAAAUGGUACUCAUGCAUCUCCUUAUCACCAUCAAUUUCCCCAACUAUCACCAAAACCCAAUAGCAAAGCAUAGAGCUGUUGAAAAUUUUCUUCUUUUUCACCAUCUCUUGUUUUCUCCAUAUAUGUAAUUCAUGAACAACUUGAGAGCAAAAGAAGCAUGCUGAUUUGUGAUGUAUGUUAUGAGUGUUGACCCCUUUUAGCAGGGAAGAAUUUCAAGAGAGAGGGGUGGUGAAGCUUAUUGUGCUACUAUUUCUUAUGUCAAAUUGUCAGCCAAUAUGUUUCUUCAGGUUGUUUGGAAAAAUUAAACAUUGUCAAAUUGUCAUCCUUAUUCUACUUUAUCAGGCUUUGGUUGUGAUAACAAA